GUAUAGGUACAGUAUAUCAUACGUAUAUACAGUACAUGUAAUCGAGUCGUCGAUCGUAUAGUUUAUCGCGAGUUUACACUGUAUUACAGUCGCCAGCAGUCGUUCAAUGCAUUCAUACCAUUCAAAACGUAUAUUUAGUGUUCAAUUCAAUAGUAGACAUACAUCUCUCUCAUAGUAAACAACAUUUUCAGUCAUCAGAAAAAAAUAAUACAUUAUUUUAUAUAUAAAUAAUAAUAUUUUUUAUGAGACAAUUGAUACCACAUUUUUGUUGUCCAUACCAUCAUCUACUACGACGACAUCACACCCAUUGUAUAGUUUUAGGAUUAUCUAUUAUAAGUAAUGUUAGAAGAAAUUGAAAGUGCAGUCAGUUUUCUGACCCGUUUGAUCACCAAAACCGCUGACCACUCGUCGUCAUCGUCAUUGUCUUCUUCUUCGGAUGUGAUAACUAAGGAAACGAUCGACAAGUUUAGUCAAAAGCUUUGCCAACUGUUGGAGGAAAAGUUUCGCAAUCAUUGGUUUCCCGAUAAGCCAGUCCGUGGCCAAGCGUUUCGUUGUAUACGGUUUAACGAAAAUUCGCGGCGCGAUUCAGUGGUCGAAAAGGCCUGCCAGGAGUGCGGCAUUAAUUUCGAUGACCUCAAACUGCCACUCGAGUUGACCCUAUGGGUCGAUCCCAAUGAAGUCACGUGUCGAUUUGGUGAACAUAAGGGCUCCUAUUGUAUUGUAGCCAAACUGAGAGACGGACGCAAAGAGAAUUACAUUGAUUCCAUCAAUUAUGAAGAACUGGAACAGAAGACUAUCGAAAGGAAUAGACAGGCAUCAUUUGAUUUACUAAACUCAUCCCGAAAGAGACGUAACAAUCAACGAAAGAAUGGUUAUAAUAUGAAUAUGAAUAACAAUAAUAUCAACAACAAUACUAUUAACGGCUAUUCAUCAUCAAAUGGCGGUAACAACGGUUUUAACGAUUAUCCAAUGGGUUUGUCGUCAUCGAGUUCUCCAUUACACCACCAGCAGCACCAGUCGUCUUCUUCGUCGUCGUCGUCGUCAUUCUAUCCAUUUUACGGUUCGGGCACACCGUUUGCCACUCAUUACAGUACGAGUCCGCCCAACAAUAGUAACAACAACGGGUAUCUAAAGUAUCCGAUAUCGCCGCCACAGUCGCGUGCCGUCGGUGGUAGUGGUAAUGGUCUCAGCAUCGGUGGUAAUGGAUCUUAUAGGGGACUGAAUAUUAACAAUAAUAGUAAUAACAAAACGAAUUACGCUAACCAAUCGAUCAACAAUUCAAAGGCCAAUAAUAAUAUUAAUAAUAAUAAUAAUAACAGUAAUAACCAGAACUUUUCGCGACAAUUGUUUUCUGGUAAUAGUUUUCAAUCGCCGUUUACAGCCUAUCAGACACAACAGGAUCGGUACCAUUGGGUCAACAAAUCCAUUGUUAAAGCAUGAGUUAGUAGUAGUAGUAGAUCCGACCCAUCACUACUCCUACAGAGGGAGACAAACCAAUUGAAGUAAAUAUAUAAAUAUAUAUAUAUAUUAUACAUCUAUUAUACAGUAAAUAUGAUAUUCAAAACUCAGUUUAUUAUUAUUAUUAUUAUUAUAACACAUAUAUACACACACACACAUAACAUACACACUUAUUUCUAGAUUAACCAUUUUAUUAUUAUUAUACAUAUAUCUACUAAUUAUAAAAUUUUAUUGAUAUAAAAAUUGAUACAAAUUUUUUUUAAUUAUUAUUAUUAUUAAUUGUUUGAUUGAUUUGAGAGAAAUUGAAAGUAAUGGAUAGGAAAAUCACACACAACUAUAACAGUAAUACUCUAAAUAUUUAAAUAUAUAUAUAUAUAAUAGCCUAUAGUUUCUAUAAAAUAUU